AUGUCUUCGUACGCUAAGUUCUUGAAAGAGGUCCUAUCUAAUAAAAGGAAGUUGGAAGAAUACGAGACUGUGACCCUUACUGAGGAGUGUAGUGCUAUUAUCCAAAAUAAGUUACCUCCUAAACUUAAGGAUCCAGGUUCAUUUUCUAUUCCUUGUGUUAUUGGUAAUGUGUCUAUUAACCGUGCUAUGUAUGAUUUAGGUGCAAGCGUAAGUUUGAUGCCAAUGUCUAUUUGUAAGAAGCUUGACACAGGUGAUUUGAAGCCAACCACGAUAUCACUCCAAUUGGAGGAACGAUCGGUAAAAUAUGAGGUAUGUAUACUUGAAGAUGUACCUAUCCAGGUCGGUAAGUUCUUUAUCCUAGUUGAUUUUGUUAUUUUAGAAAUAGAAGAAGAUUCUAACAUUCUAAUUAUUUUAGGAAGACCCUUCCUUGCUACUACAGGUGCUACAAUCAAUGUUAAAAAUGAAAGGUUCUCCCUAAAUAUUGGAGGGGAGAUGGUAGAAUUUGAUUUAAGCAAUGCUAUGAAACUCCCUCUAACUGAUAAAGUUUGUUACAUGGUCGACGUGAUUAAUAAGUGUACACAUGAGCAACUGGCAAACCAUUACUCAGUUGAUCCACUUAAAAAGUGUUUGCUUGAAAGUCUGAUGCUAGAGCCAAAAAGUUCUACCCGUGAAGAGGAUAAAGUACGAAAGGUAGAAUUACAACCCCUCCCUUCCUCUUUAAGGUAUGAAUUUCUUGGUCCUAACUCUACUUAUCCUGUAAUUGUGAAUGCAUGUCUGAAUGAAAAUGAAACUGAUAAGUUGCUUAGAACACUUAGGAUGCAUCACAAGGUCAUAGGAUACACCAUGGACGACAUUAAAGGAAUCAACCAAUCAAUUUGUAUGCAUAGCAUUUUCUUGGAAGAUGAUGAUAAACCCUCUAUAGAGCACCAACAUAGAUUAAAUCCUGGCAUGAAGAAAGUGGUUAAAAAAGAGGUACUUAAGCUACUAGAUGCUGGGGUUAAAGGAAGCAUUGAUAACAGGUCAUAUUAUGUAAUCGCUGGACUGGAAUCUCUUAUUUGA